AUCAUAACUCCAAUAUUUAUCCCUAUUAGUAUUAGUUGAUUGACGUAGAUUAUGAAUUCCAAUUUUAUGUUUAGGGAAGAUUAAGAAAAAGGGGGCGGCGGUGCAGCCAUUUGUGUUGCUUUGUGCUACAAAAAAUCUGACCUGGGUCUGGGUGGCUUAUGUCUUUCAACAGGGACAACUACAAGUCAGCCGGUUUAAAUUAGUUUGUUUGGGCCUAAAAGAAAUGGACAAACGUGACCGGAAGCAAGCGAAGACUGGUAGUUGCUGUUCUGAAGAGGUGAGCAGCACUGAGUGGGAGUUCAUAAAUAUGUCUGAACAAGAAGAAGAUCUCAUUUAUAGAAUGUAUAAACUGGUUGGGGACAGGUGGGGGUUAAUUGCAGGUAGGAUACCGGGUCAGAAAGCUGAAGAAAUAGAAAGGUUUUGGAUCAUGAGACAUGGAGAAGUAUUUGCAAAGAGGCGAAGGGAGCUGAAGAUGAGACACGGUUCUGUUUGAAAAUAACGGCAUUCAUUUCUUUUAUAUUAGGGAUGGAACAAUGUUAUGUUUUUUUUGGGUCUAAUGUUGUUUAUGAUCUGUGUCUGGGUUUGGUGCUCUGUUUCCUUCCCUGUAAGGGUUGCAAAUUGCAGUGCAUGCCGUUUGUUGAUGUAUGGCACAAGGUCUUUUUGUCGAGAUGGGAAAUGGAAGAAGGUAGUUGCAGUUUUAUUCGAUUAAAAGUAUCUUCCUAGGCUUUUGUUGACACACUUAUUUCAUGUCAAAGGAUUGAGAGAGGCUUCCUGCAUGUCCAAGACAAAAAGGCAUUUCCUAUGUUAUACUCUAAACCUAACUAAACUAAUUGAAACUCAGAAUGGAUUAAUAUCGAAGAAGAUAAUUAUAACUGAAGUUGGUUGAGGGUCUUUUUCAGUUGACUCACUCUUCUUCGUGGUUUCGAGUGUUGAGUAAGGAUUGGGGGGAUUAAAUGAUGUCCAUGUACGCGUAUGUUACCAUUUAGGUUUAGGUGAAAGUGGCAAGUAAAUUAUAUACUAAUUUAAUUCAAUUAAAAAAUACUUCAAAUA